AUGGCUUCCAGACUGCUUCCGGCGUCGCCACGAUUAGCGCAGUCAUGUCUGCGUCGCACGCGACAUCUAGCACCGACCGUAUCUCGACUCCCACAGCGCCGCUACAUCUCCGCAUACGGCUACGAACAAGCCAAAGCCCUCACUUUCUCAGACUAUGGCGAGCCUCCAGCAGUGCUCUCUCUUCACGGUCAUUCCAUCUCGCCACCACAUAGCAACUACAUGACGCUGCGCUUCCUCGCUUCGCCCAUCAAUCCCGCCGACAUCAACCAGAUCCAAGGUGUAUACCCUUCCAAGCCAACCUUCACAACAAACUUGGGCACCCCCAACCCAAUUGCUGUCGCUGGAAACGAAGGUGUGGCAGAAAUCAUAGCACUUGGCGAGGGUGUCAAGAAAGAAGGCUUCAAAAAGGGCGACUGGGUCUUUAUGAAAGGUCCUGGCUUCGGUACAUGGCGAACACAUGCAAGCGCCACGACCAACGAUGUCGUCAAACUCGAUGACCAGAUGCGUGAAGGAAUUACCGCUAUUCAGGCCGGCACCGUAUCCAUAAACCCAUGCACAGCAUACCGCAUGCUGCGCGACUUCACAACCCUCUCCGAAGGCGACUGGUUCAUACAGAAUGGUGCAAAUUCGGGUGUCGGCCGCGCAGCUAUCCAGCUAGGCAAGAAAUGGGGUCACAAGAGCAUCAAUGUGAUUCGUAGCCGGGAAGACAAGAGCAAAGAAGAAGCCAUGAAGAAAGAACUGCAAGAUCUAGGUGCAGACGUCGUAAUCACAGAUGCAGAAUUGCAGUCUCAGGGCAUAAAAGACCAGGCCAAGGAAUGGACCAACGGCGGCCGCGCGCCUAUACGCCUGGCUCUCAACUGCGUGAACGGCAAGGCAGCCACCGCCAUGGCUAAGCUGCUUUCCUCGUCCUCACACUUCGUUACCUAUGGCGCCAUGUCUAAGCAACCCUUGACCAUUCCUGCUUCCAUGCUCAUCUUCAAGGACAUCCAUUUCCACGGCUUUUGGGUGAGCAGAUGGGCAGAGAAACAUCCAGAGGAGAAACAGAAGACUGUUGCUGACGUGCUGGAUAUGACAAGAAAGGGCGAGUUCAAGGAUACGCCUGUUGAUGAGAUCAAGUGGGAAUGGGAUACCAAGGGCGAAGAAUUGAUAGGAAAGGUGAAGGAUACACUGGAGGGGUACAGGGACGGCAAGGGCAUUUUUGUGUUCGGUAAGACGUAA